AUGUCCGACGGCAAGCUUCCGAACGGCAAGCUGCCCUACGGCACGCCCGAGGGCGGCUGGAAGGCGCUGAUUGUUUCAAUCAUGCUUACCGCUUUGUGGUUCACUCGCCGCAAGAACUUCUCCAUCCUCCGCCGCAAUGGUGCCAGCUACGAGCCUCUCUUCGAGGGAGCCGAAUCUCCCAGAAUGUCCGACGACUACGACUCGCUCGGCAGCCCCAUUCGAACCGAUCCUCACCCGCCAAAGUUCCGCACAAUCUUUGGAUGCAUUCGCGUCAAGACCCCUAACUCGAGCCGUUUCGCGAAAUACGUCCACUCGCGCAUCCUGCAAAAGUUCCCCUUCCUCAUCGAAAUGUUCUACUGGGCCAUCUCCUUCUUUUUCUACCGAAUGACCGGCAGCCUUGCUCAGAGCUACUACGGCGGCAGAAAGUCUCUCUGGGAGGUUGCUCAAGGCCACGGCCUGUUUCUGCUCGAGUCUGAGGCCAAGUUCUUCGGCGAGGGUACCAGGACCGGUCCGGAACGUUGGUUGGAGUGGCGCGUGUCUCACUGGUUCUUGGAGGGCGCACAGGCUGGUGAUUUCCGCGGCAUCUGGCUGACGAUUCUCAACCGUGGCUACUCGAUGAUCCAUAUCCCUGGCACCGUUGGCUUCAUCGGAUACUACUUUGCCAUGGCGCCUACCCAUGCCCGCUUCUGCACCGUCCGUCGUACCAUGACUCUGCUGAACAUGUGUGCCUUCAUCAUCUUCAUCUUUUACCCGUGCGCGCCCCCGCGCCUGAUGCCUUCCGAGUACGGCUUUGUCGACACCGUCAACAUGGAGAACGCCGAGAGUGUGUGGAUGAGUGGAAAGUUCGUAAACAAGCUGGCCGCGAUGCCGAGUAUGCACUUCGGAUAUGCCUUUGCCAUCGGAUGCGUUUUCGUCGCCGAUUCUGCGAUUCUUAGCCUCCUCUUCGGUCGCCUGCGCAACUACCUUCUCAAGGACGACCUGGACAAGUCUCUGGAUAUCGACGACGUAGAGGUCAGAGAGAUCCAGGAGAACCGCGCGCGCUGGAAGAGCUGGGCCAUGUUCGCCUUCGGCAUCUGGUACCCCAGCUGGAUUCUGUUGACCAUCGUCGGCACGGCCAACCACUACCUCAUGGACGCCGUAGUUGCAACCUUCUGCGCGCUGAUGGCAUACCUCUGCAAUCGUGCUUUGUUGGUGUUCCUCCCUGCCGAGGACAUGCUUCUGUGGGCCUUGAGGCUCGAGAAGCCCGUUCCCACGACCGGUCGCAUGAAGAACAUUGCCGUGCGGUAA